AUGACACACCUCUGGCUGCUGUUAUUUCUCAACUCAUGGCUUCAAAGUGAAGCUCAGGGUUUUGGCAUUAAUCUCAUUAAAGUGCCAGACGAUGAUCGGGCACAAAUUGUUUGUACCGUAGCUUUGUUGGGGAAAUAUUUUCAUUCUGGAGAGGCCCUCUCCGGAUCAGUGCUACAUAUGAGCAUUACCACAGCUAAUGCACACGUUCAGAAAUCAUUGCUGCAUGCUUUGCAUACAAAUCCAAAUUAUCCUUGGACCAUAGUGGUAAAAGAUACUCAUCGAGAUAGUGAUAUGGAGGGGAAAGUACAACAUGUUUUGCAUGAAAAGCCCCAGUGUUAUUUUUUUGUCAUUGAAAAUAUGGAAGAUGAAGAUAUGGAUGAGGUGUUUGAAAGUUGGAAGUCUAACUUAAAUUGGAAUCCAUUGGCUCAGUUUGUGGUAUAUUUUUCAUCGGUAGAGGAAACCGAGGAGGAAAUGACGGAUAUUAUGAUAGAGAUUUUGUUAAAUUUUAUGAAUAAGAAAAUCUAUAAUGUUAAUAUUAUAGGACAAAGUGAAGAGAGUAGUUUUUAUUUUGGCAAAACAGUGUUUCCCUAUCAUCCGGAUAAUAAUUGUGGCAAUCGGGUUAUAUCGAUAGAGACCUUGGAUAUUUGUGAUUAUCAGGAAAGUGAAAAGGAAGAAGAUGAAGAUGAUGAGGAGGAGGAGGAAGAUGAGGAUAAUGAUGGAAUGGAGACCGAAGUAGAAGUAGGAGACGGUAAAGAUGUAGAAGACGGCAAAAAUGAAAAUACGGAUAAUCAAAAUUCAUCAAAAUCUAAUGAAAAUGUAACAGACGAAGAGCAGAAAGAGAACGGUAACGAUAAUCAAAACAACUCGAAAUCAAACGAAGAUAAUGAACAGAAAGCUGGAGAUGAAGAGCAGAACGAGAAAGAUAGCAAUUCCACACAAUCCGCAUCUGAAUAUCCAAAAAUUUAUAUUGAAGAACUAUAUCGUGCUUUAUUUUUAGAUAAAUUUCCCAAAGACUUAAGUGGUUGCCCAUUAGUUGCUGCCUAUCGUCCCUGGGAACCCUAUAUAUUUAACGAAGCUUUAGACAAUAGUCUCUAUACAACCUCAACGGGAAAUAAUCAAACGUCUUACAAUAAUACUUAUGAUGGAGAUGAGGAUAUCGAUACAAAUGAUGACGAUAAUGAUGACUAUAUCACAUAUAAUGAACAACAAGAUAUGGAUGCGGGAGCCCAGGGAUCUUCCUCGGAAAUACGUUUGAACGGUAUUGAAUAUAAAAUGAUACAAACUAUAGCGGAACGCUUGCAUAUUAGCAUUGAAAUGCAAGUGGAGAAUACAAAUCUUUAUCAUCUUUUUCAACAGCUAAUAGAUGGCGAUAUUGAAAUGGUUGUUGGUGGCAUUGAUGAGGAUCCCAGCAUAAGUCAAUUUGUGUCCAGUACCAUACCCUAUCAUCAAGAUGACUUGACUUGGUGUGUGUCGAAGGCUCAUCAUACCACCAAUCUAUUCAACUUUAUGGCAACAUUUCAAAUUGGUGCCUGGAUACUCACCCUAAUCUUCAUACUUACAGCCUCAUUGAGUAUUUUUAUGUCCCAACAAUAUCUACGUUUGCGUUUGGGUUUUCUUAAAAGUUACUUCAGCAUCAAUGUCUAUGUAAUGGGCAUUGUACUAAGUCAGGCCAUAAACUUGCGACCAAUACCAACCAGUUUAAAGUUGUGUUUUGGUGCAACGUUUUUCAUGGGUCUCAUGUUUAGCAAUAUUUAUCAGAGUUUUUUGGUCAGUACAUUGACAACGCCUAAGUCAUCGUAUCAAAUUAGUCAUUUAAAUGAGAUUUAUCAGAAUCGCAUGCACAUCAUGGGCAGUGUGGACAAUGUAAGACAUUUAAAUAAGGAAGGAGAGAUCUAUCGUUAUGUGCGCGAACAUUUUCAAAUGUGCUACAACAUUGAAGAGUGCUUGCAGCGUGCUGCCAAAGACACAAAACUGGCUGUGGCCGUUUCACGCCAACACUCCUUCUACAAUCCUCGCAUACCGCGCGACAGUCUCUAUUGCUUUGAUCGCAAUGAAAACAUUUACGUCUACUUGGUGACAAUGUUGAUGCCAAAGAAAUUUCAUUUAUUGCACAAAAUCAAUCCGGUCAUACAGCAUAUCAUCGAAUCAGGUCACAUGCAAAAAUGGGCACGAGAUUUAGACAUGCGCCGCAAGAUUAGCGAAGAAAUACAACGUGCUCGUGAGGAACCGUUUAAGAGUUUGACACUGUCACAAGUUGCUGGUAGUUUUGCAUUCAAUGGCCUUUUAUUGUUGUUCGCCACAUGGAUGUUUGUCAUGGAACAUGCAGUUUAUUGGUUGGUUGUUAGGCGUAGGACCAGAUUAAAGUUGGCCAAAUAUAUGCAUAGGAAACUGGUGUGAAUUGUUUUUGUUUCUUUGUUAGCAGACCAGGCGGCUAGUUUAACCGGCUGAUACUUUUAUCAGGUGUACGAAAUAGACAAUGACAACAAAUAGUCAAAAUGCUACAACCACUUUUUCUCUUUCAAAAACAACAUGAUCAUCAUCAACACCGUCAUCAUCGUACAAAUAUUUAUCCAAAAAAAAAUUUCAGAAAACACCAAAUUCAAUUUGUAUUGUCAAAUGAAAUUAUAAAUA